AUGGAGCGUAGCUGGGUGAAAUUGCCCCCAAACUUCGACAUUCGAACUCAAUCUGCAGCAACUGAAUGGAGAGCUUGGAAAAGCAUGUUUAUAGAUUAUCUAGUGGCUGUCGGUAGUGACAAGGCUACAGACCAAAUUAAAUUAUCUCUGCUGAGGAACAUGAUGGGUCCUGAGUCGACGAAAAUCAUAUUAUCGUUUAAGUUAUCAAAGGAAGAUAGUGAAAACUACAAUAAAGUGUUACAAGAAAUUGAGAAUUAUGUCAAGCCUAAAUCUAACGACGUUUUUGAAAGGUACAAGUUUAAUGAAAGAAAACAAUUGGAAGGUGAAAAUUUUGAAAGUUUUUACACUAAUUUAAGGUUACUGAUUGUAAAUUGUAAUUAUAUAGAGUCUAUAGAGGAUGAUUUACUAAGAGAUCGUAUCGUUCAAGGCAUUUUCGAUAAACAAUUACAAGAAAGUUUGCUCCGAGUCGAGAACUUGACGUUGGACAAAGCUACAAGUAGAUGCAGAGCAGCAGAAGCUAGCCGUUCUCAAGUAAUGGAAAUGAAUCCAACCUGUAUUGAAGUAGAUAGAGUAAAGAGUUAUGGAAAUAAAAGAACUGAGAAGAAGUUUCAAAGAAAUAUAAAUAAUAAAUUUGAUUGUCGUCGUUGUAAAAGUCAGCAUGGUCCGAGAGAGUGUCCUGCAUAUGGAAAAAAAUGUGCAAAAUGUGGUAUAUUAAAUCACUUCGCAGUGAGCUGUAAAGUGAAGAAAAUAAGUGAAGCUGUGUGUAAUAAAUCAAAUUCAUCAAAUGAAGAGUUAUUUUGUGGAGUAGUGUUGUCAAAUAUAAAAAAGAAUAGAAGUGAGUGGGAAGAAAAUAUACAAAUAGAGGACAAAAUUUUUAAGUGCAAGCUAGACACAGGAGCGGAUGUGAGUAUUCUGCCAAAGAGUGUAUUUGAUAAAUUAAAUUAUAAGUUAAAUUGUAAAAUUCAGAAGACAGAGUUAACAGUACAAUCUUUUACUGGAGAAAAUAUUAAGCCAAUAGGCAUUGUAAAUCUUAAAUGCAAGUAUAAAAAUAAAAUAUGUAAUGAGAAUUUUGUCAUAGCUGAAGCAAGUAACAUACUUUUAGGUUUGCCGGCAUGUGUCUCAUUAAAUUUGGUGAAACGAAUUCAUAGUGUUCAGGUGACAAAUAAUGAUAAAGAUAAAUUUGUAAAUAAUAAUAUAGUAGUUUUUGAAGGAAUAGGAAGGUUGCCAGGAAAAGUUGAAAUUCCUACCAGAGCUACAGAAGAAUAUAUUUGUCAUCCUUCUCCGAGAUUACCAUCUUGUUUGCUUGAACCUUUAAAAGCAGAACUAAAUAGAUUAGUAGAGAGAAAAUCAAUUGUUAAAGUUAAUAAUAUUAGCGAAAAUGCAUAUAUAAACAGAAUGGUAAUAGUAGAGAAGCCAAAUCGUAAAGUUAGGUUAUGUCUCGAUCCAUUAGACUUAAAUAAAAUUAUUGUAAAAAAACCUAAAUGUUUACCCACAUUGGAGGAUUUAAGUUUUAAAUUACAGGGUAAGAAGUUUUUCUCUGUUUUAGACUUAACUGAAGGCUUUCAUCAUCUAAGUUUGUCUGAGGAGUCAUCUUGGAAGUGUUGUUUUGCUACACCUUAUGGAGUUUAUAGAUAUCUUGUUUUACCAUAUGGUUUAAUGAAUGCACCAGAAUUAUUUCAGGAUGUACUUGAAAGUCAUUUUUCAGAGUUGUCAAAUGUUAUUAUGUGGGCUGAUGAUAUUUUAGUAAUGGGAAACACUGAAAAAGAGCAUGAUUUAGCAUUGCAGAGUGUAAUCCAGAAAGCAAAGAAAUUAGGUAUUGUUUUCAAUAAAAAUAAAUUUCAAUAUAAACAAAGAGAGGUUAAAUAUGUAGGCCAAGUUUUUAAUGAAUAUGGAAUGUCACUUGAUCAGGAUAGAGUUGAGUCAUUAGUUAAUUUAAAAGAACCAAGUAAUAGAGAUGAGUUGAGACAAAUAUUAGGAUCUUUCAAUUAUGUACGAAGGUAUGUGCCUGACAUGGCAAAUAUAAUGGCACCACUUUUCAAUUUAUUAAAGAAAAAUUCUGAGUUUACAUGGUUACCUGCUCAUAGUCUUACUUUUACUGAGCUGAAAAGAAAAAUAUGUUCAGCACCAUCUUUGACACCUUUUGACCCCAAAAAGAAAAUUAUUUUACAAUGUGAUGCAAUUGUAGUUGAUUAUUUUUCACAUUGGCUUGAAGUAUUGCCAUUAUCUGACAAAACUUCUUCAUCUGUUAUAAAUGCAUUCCAGGAAGUUUUCAUGCGAUUUGGUUACCCUGAAGAAGUUAUUGCAGAUAAUAACCCUUUUAAUUCUUUUGAAUGUUUAAAAUAUUUUAAAAGUAAAGAUAUAAGUUUAAUAACUAGCAGUCCACAUUACCCAAAGAGUAAUGGUAUGGCAGAAAAGGCAGUUGAGGAAAAUAUACAUAAGUUGCUACUUCUAAAACAGUCAGUGUUGCAAAAAGAAAAGUUUGUUAAGAAAAAGGAAAUGGAAUAUAAAAUAGGAGAUAAGGUAGUUCAUAAGACUGAUAAAGACAAAUUUUGGAGAAAAGGUAUUAUUGUGGGAAAAUGUAAAGAACCUAGAUCUUAUUGGAUACAAAAGGAGGGAGAAGAUAGGAAAAUAAGAAGGAAUAUUAAACAUAUAAAGAAAUCUUUUUCAGAUUAUAAAAGUGCAAAGAAACUCAAUCCUUUUUUAUCUAAUUAUGAUGAAGAUUUUGAUCAGGAAUCUGAUAUAAAUCUAAAUGUUCCCAUUUCACCUAGACCUGUAAUAACCUGUAGGAAUCAAGUACCACUAAGUGUAACUACUAGAUAUGGUAGAACUACUAAGCCUAGAAGGGUGUUAGAUCUGUAA